GUUCAUAAGCCUCUCGUAACUGAAAACCAGAAAGAGAGAGGCACCGGGAGAUUUUUUAAAAACCAAAACCGCCCGGCCGACUGCACACUGCGUUUAAAAAUGUAAAUACACUCAUAUAAACUCCUCUCGUUUUGGAUUUGUGGAGUUUAUAUAUCACAUUAUUCCUUUUAAUUAUAAAUCUCUUUCCUUGGAACACGUGCCGAGAUACACCUAACUACAGCUUUGCUGUAUCAAGGAUUGUAUGUGCAAACAUGGCGGCCUCAUUUUAUAGUACAAGAAAGAAGGAACGCGAAAGGAAAGCAAGACGCCAAGAACACAUGAAUAAACGGGGUCAAAGACAAAUGGACGAGAAGGAUGAUCCUCUGGUGAUUCUUAAAGAUGACAUAGAGAAGAUCAGACUUUCAUUAUCUGACUCCUCCUUUACUCAUAGACAAAGAUGGCGACAGACAGAAGAUGUUGGACUGCCGAGUUCUAUCCGUGUAUGCUCAAAACUCAAAGGAAAAAUAUCUCAUAUGUCCAGUAUGGACUCGGCAGAAGCUGACAAAAUGGCUGCCGUCUACGAUGAGUUCUGUAAAACAAUCAACGUCAUGGCAGAGGACCACAGAGAAUACAUAUCACAUAUAUAUGAUGAUGAAGAAAUGACUAAAAAAUACUACAACAAGACCACUCUGGACAUCCUAGAACUUUGGACAGCUUGUUCUACGACUACAGUAGAUUUAAUGAUCCCUUUGAUUAAACAAUAUUGGGAAAAUCAAAGCGAAUUUGAGAACCUUGCAAAGAAAAUUGCUGACACCUGUUGUUCUUGUGUAAAGUUUACCACUGUGGCGGUCAAUCUCACAAAACACCCUAUCCCAGAGGAUUGUGGCAGUAAGGUUUUACAGAAAGCUGCAGAGUCUCUCAACCAAACAGCUGACUUGCUCAGUCAACUGAUAGAGGCCAUGGUUAACACAUCCAUGAAAAAUGCUGAAGAUUCGUCACUAGACAUGGCGAUGUGGCUUCUAUUCAGCAUUCAUCAUGUCGCCCAGAAUGUACUUAAACAACAGAACAUGCAAGAGGAAAGUAAGGAGGAAGGGGAAGGAAAAGACACAGACAAACAAACCAACGAACAAGUGGAAGCAAAAGAAUCCACUGAAGUAACAGAAAGCCUGAACAACCUGCUGACAAAGCUAGAAAAUUUACAGAUGGAACUCAAUAAUCAGUACGUGGAGAAAAAUGAAAAAGACGGCGAAGAAGGAGAAAAGGAUGAUAGUUGUAAGAAUGAUCAACAAGCUAUCGACAAAUUUGCUGGGGUAUACCAAAGUGUUGUGGAUGAGAUCUUUAAAAAGGGGAAAGUAACAGUCUGUAUUGAAGAUCCAAGCGGAAGUGACGCAACAAUUUACUACAAACCGGAAGUUUACACUGAAGUUGCAAACUGUUCACUUGGUUCUUGUCCAAUGAAAGACCGAGACACUUGGUUAGAUGAAAUACCCUUGACCUCUGACCAGGUUCUCGUUUCUGACAUAUAUGUCGUCAGGAAUGGACCUUUAAAAACGUCUUCAGAAGUGGAAAUUGAUUUUACGUAUAUUCCUAUGUCAAGUACAAAGAACAAAACCAUCAAGGUUAUAGCAAAACAAGAUGGCGCCUGGACAGAAAUAGAAACAUCAAAUGAGGAUAUAAGUGACAGCAACGCUCAUCUUUCUUUUAAAACUAAUAAUUUGGAAGCCUUCACGUCUUACGUUGAAAUCCUCUCUGAAAGUGCAGAGGUGUCUCCGGAAGGAACAACAUUUACAAGCGAGGCCAACCCAGAUGUCAAGGUCACUUUCUCCGAAGGACUUGUAACCGAGACUAAGCAAAUAAAAAUAAAGGUUAUUCCUUACGACUUGAGGGAGGUGGCGGCUCUGAAGGAACAGUGUCCAGACUCCAUUAGAGGGAUCGUCUCGGCCUCUGACGCGGUGGAGAUCAGAAUGGAUGGAGAUUGUGACACCAACAAAACCUUUACUGUCCAGGUUUCCAUGGACGAUGAGGAGGAUCCGGACACACAACUAGUAGUCAUCAGAUUUAAUGAAGGCAAGGUACAAGUUCUGGAUAAGUCCCAAUGUCGGCUUAAAAAAGACAGGAACCUUUAUCUUGUGGAGACCAAAGGCAUCUGGGGAAUUGCCGUUGCUAGAAUAAGAAAAAUAUUCCUAAACAUGAGGGACACAGUUAAAAAGGAAUUCCAGCUGAUCUUUGGAUUGGUCCAACUGUGCAAUAUCUGUACUUUCCUUGACGAUUCCCAAAGAAACAUGGAAGAGGGAUCUUUCUUUGUCUGGAUUGAAUGUAUCGAUAAAAAUCUAAUCCGGGAGGACGUGGAAAAUAAAGAAAAAGCAGGAUUAAUCGAGGUGAAACAGAGCCGUUCUAAAGACAUUACGCUACGACAAAAGCAGACGAUCAUCCUAAAAAUAGAUGGACAAAUCAAGCUCCGUUUAGCAGACCCUCCAGAUUCGUUUAAGAUCACUUAUUUGAUUGGUGCAGACAAUCACGUGAAUAUACCUAUGGAAGUGCACAGGGAUCAAGAAAAAAUCCCAUAUGCUUCAUUUGCAUUUCACGAGGAGGACAGUGGGAAUCCAUUUCAUACUGUGAAUAUUCCAGUCCGAGACUUAUCUGAGCUCCCCACAGAUGAAGUAACGGCAAAGAAUUUCAAUAAAAACAACGAAAGUAACAAUUUAAGAGAACAGAUGAAGCAAAAGGAGGAAGCUGCAAAGAAAAUGCUUUCCCAUGACAGUAUCAUGAACCUAUCACGUGUUUUGUCCGAAAGGGAUGGACGCAUGCUCGGUGAGCAAUUGGGCGUGGACUCUGCUUGGAUAGCUCGCGCCAAGGAUGACUGUGAUGGAGACAUUCUUCGAACGAACUUCCGGGUUCUUUGUGAAUGGAGGGGGAAAGCAGCAAGGUCUGCAAUGGUUGAUUUCUUAAUAUCAUCGCUAAAAACCAUCGGAAGAAACGAUUUGUCUACCAUAGUAACCAACGUCAACAAAAGUAGGCGUGGUCUCUUAAAUGAGGACUUUAACUGACUUGCGAGUCUGUGAUAUACACAAUAUUUUUGGAAUUCUGUGAUGUUUUUUUUUUCAAGUUAUAUAUGUAAAUCACUUCCAGGACUUGCUUUUGAAGACAUUUAGAGCUUUUUAAAAGAUUAUCUGUCCUCCGUUUAUACGAUUUUGAAUGAACAAGAGUUACUGUUCAACUAUCGGAAGCUUUGCAUAUUAUAAGUAAGCGUAUGAUUAAAGUCAUAUUUUAAUAAUAAACUUUAGUUCUCUGUU